AUGAUUUUUGAGGUCGACGACUUUUCCUCGCCAUCAGUGGCGUCCCCUCCGUGCAGUUCAUGUCGCCUUGACGACUUGCCUGGCGAGCUUCUCGUCGAAAUUUUGAAGAACUUGGAGAAGCAAGAUACGGGAAGGAGAGCACAUUUGAGAGCAGCGUCGCUCGUUAGCCAGCAAUGGCUGGCAUCCUCCGGCCAGGCUUGCUCGACCCUCUCUUUAAGUGGCCUCAAGGCAUCCAAGCUCCCGAAGCUCCUGGCGAGGUUCCCGUCGCUCGCGGUGCUGAACCUGAAUUUCCUCUUCGACUGCUCCGAGGACUCCCUGGCCAGCAUCGGCCGUCUGUGUCCGCGGCUGCUCGAGCUGCACGUGCCGGAGACCUGCAAGGCCGCCGAUGGCGCGGGGCUCGUCGCUCUCGCACGCGGCUGUCCGAACCUCUCCAUUCUCUCCCUGCCUGCCUUCAAGGGCCCCGACCACUCGCUCAUGGCGCUGGGCUCGCAUCUGCCUCGCCUGCUCAAGCUGCGCCUCCGCUCGGUUCCGCAUCUCACGGACGCCGUGGUGGCGCACAUUGCGCAGAGCUGCCGGCGCCUGGAGGAGCUCGACCUGUCCUUCACGGACAUCACGGACGCCGCGCUCGCCGCCGUCGGCGCGGGGCUGCAGGCGCUGGAGCACCUCGACGUGAAGCACUGCAAGCGCGUCACGGGCGCCGGCGUCGCGCAGGUGGCGGCGGGGUGUCCGCAGCUGCGCCUGCUGCAUCUGGGCGUCGUGGACGUCAGCGAUGACGGCCUGGCGGCGCUGGGCCGUCACAGCCGCCGGCUGGAGGAGCUGUACCUGGACUACGGCGCGGGGGAGACGCACCAGCUCUCGCGCGAGGCCUUCUCGUCGCUCGCCGCGGGGUGCCGCAAGCUGCGCGUGCUGAGUCUGCGCGGCAGCCGCCAGGUCGACAGCGGCGCCGUGUCGGGGCUGGCGCGCGGGUGCCCGUCGCUGGAGGUGCUGGACAUGCACGCGUGCGACGCCGUCGCCGACGAGGGGCUCGCGCCCGUCAUCGCGGGCUGCAAGAAGCUGCGCGAGCUGGUGCUCACGGGCACGGGGGUCGGCGCGGCGGGCGUGCACACGUUCAGAGGCGGGCUGCCGCACCUGGCGCUGCUGCGGCUCAACGGCGAGCUCGUGACGGACGCCGUGCUGCACUCGGUGGCCGCCAACUGCCCCGCUCUCACGGAGGUACACCUCAGCAACUGCCACGUCAGCGACGAGGGCAUCCAGCGGCUGCUGGCGGGGUGUGCGCGGCUGCGCGCGCUCUCCGUGAAGGCGUGCGCGGACGUCAAGGCCACCGCGUUCGACGGCGUCACCUGCGCGGCGCUGGAGACCGUCGCGCUGCCGUCGUGCGGCGUGAGCGACGAGGGGUUGGUCGCGCUGGUCCGCGCGUGUCCCGCCCUCACUUCGCUCUCCCUGCCCUCCUGCCUGAAGCUGACAGCCGCGGGGCUUGCAGCGGCGCUGGCGGAGGCGCGCGCGGUGAAGGAGGUGAGCGCGGCGGGGUGCAAGCAGCUGAUGCGCGACGACAUCGUGCGCCUCACGCGCUGCUGCCGCCCCGCGCUCAAGUCCAUCCGCGUGUCGCGCCCGCACUGCCCCGACGACGAGUACACGCUGAAGCGCCUGCACGUGGGGUGGCAGCUGCCCAGCUGGGCGCGCAGCAGCAGCAGCACCAGCCCGCGCCUCUCCGCUGGCUUUGGCGCGCGCGGGCUGUAUGGCAGCAGGUCGGCGGGCGCCACGCCACACUCCCUGUGA